GUUCCUUCGGGGUUUACGUCCUGCUCUGGUUCAACACCACGACGACGACCAUGUCGACAGACGAGCCAUCAACCUCUCUCAGACGCAGGCGCCCAAGCCUGCCGGAUGCGCCAUCGGCCACGACCACUCAUGACUCGGACACGCGCAAGACGGAAGAAGUCGUGUGGGGUAAAACACCUGGAGGCGAAGUCUUUCGUGUACCAACUACACAUGACGUCCUGACGGCCUUAUUCCACCCUUCAUAUCCGAAAUCUCAUCUAGACAUGCUGAAUCUAGGAUUGCUCGGGCUCCAAAUUGUGCUAUUUUUGGCUCUUCCACGUCAAGUUGCUAGAGUUUUCUUUCUGAUUUAUUUUGCAUUCUGGCGUGCCGCAUACGAUCUGGGACUUGGAUGGGUGCUCACGAAACAGAGCAAAAGGAAAUGGAUGGUGCGAGAAGUUCAGCGGCUUGGAUGGCUUGACGAAACACGAUGCCCAAGAAUACGUAGCUGGAUCAAGCAACAGCUGGUGGGGAAAAUGGGCAAGGAUUAUUCAUUCGAUAAACUUCCUUUGGAGUACAAUACGUGGCUGCUUUUCCGGCAAUUGGUGGAUAUAAUUCUGCUCAAUGAUUUUCUUGCAUACUGCAUGUUCGCUUUCACGUGUUUUCGUGUACCCGAAGAUCUCUCGACUGCGGUACAUGUUCUGAGAUGGAUAGGAGGCAUUGCCCUGAUUGCAUUCAACCUCUGGGUCAAGACAGAAGCACACAAUGUCGUCAAAGACUAUGGUUGGUACUGGGGCGAUGUAUUCUUCCAGCGAGGUGCACUCGUCUUUGACGGUGUGUUCGAGCUGGCCCCGCACCCUAUGUACUCCGUUGGGUACGCCGGAUACUACGGCCUGUCCCUCAUUAUCGGCAGCUAUCUGCUACUUUUCGUUAGUCUUGCCGCUCACGCGGCUCAGUUUGGCUUCCUCGUCUUCUUCGAGAACCCUCACAUUGAGCGAACCUACGGUCAGCGCAAGCCUCUCGCUAUGAGAUCGCCUCUGGUUUUGGCCGUUACCGUCAAAUCCCACCAGACCUCAGAGUACCAAUCUCGACAACGUUCAAGUUCAUCUGUCUCUUCGGUGCUAGAAUCCGCUACGCCUUCUGUGACUGAUGGAGAAAGUGCGACCGACACGGAUGACAUUCUGACCGAGACUGAGACGGAGAUGGAGUUCGAGGCCAGUGCCUCGGGACCGAAGAACAAGCACCGUUCAUUACCUUCAAUUGUUUCAGCAUCUAGUGACAAUGGGUGUGCUGUUCUGAGACGCAGCGAUUCCCCGCGCCUGUCGCAACAUGAUUUGAUGAACCGCUAUUUCAGGAAGGACACGAUUUUCUUGCACAACGUUGAUCUAUUACGCUCUUCGGACUUCCAGUUGCUCUUGAUAAUCUUGUACCCUCUAGUCGCUUCUUUUCUUCCCCCGCUCUCACAUCGCAGUGCACUCGUGCUGCACUUCGUUCAUGCUCUGGCCUGGUGUCUGUUCCAUUCCUUCGGCCUGGGCCUUCUGUUGCGCGCCCAGUCGCAGAGGAAAUUCCUUGUGCGGCAUUUUCUUAAGCACUACCACUAUCCGCAGCGUGACCGCGCCAAGGGCGCCGUGCUUGAAGCGUUCUCCAACUGGAAGGUGAUGUACAACUUAAGCAUGUGUAUGACUUACGUCUCUUCCGUUGGUCUCGUUUGGAAAACGUACACAAUACCUCAGGAUUGGACGGUCGGAAACGAGCUCCUGCGGCACACCCUCGGCGCAAUUCUCAUCGGACUCCAUAUUUGGGCCUCGAUGGAGUCAUACGAGGUCCUGGGAUUGUUCGGUUGGUUCUUCGGAGACUUCUUCAUGGAGGAAUUCCCUGCACAUGUUGAGUAUACUGGCAUCUACCGUUAUCUCAACAAUCCCGAGGUUAUGAGUGGAGCGGCGUUCUUCGGGCUCACGCUGAUCAGCGGUAGCAAACUAGUAUUUGCUCUCGCUGUGAUCCGGCUUCUAUCUCAGUGGUGGUUCUUGAGCAAGGUCGAAAACCCUCACAUGCGAAAGUUGUACGGCGAUUCGCUGCGGAACGAUGCAGGGUUUGUCAAGGUUAUCAAGAAGGUUGCCAAUAAGAACGCACGUCUGCUCGAGUCGCGCGCGGGCCGGCAUGCCCCGGAGAUCAAGAGAGUCGCAAAAGAAAUGAAGGGAACAUUUGACAAGGUUUGUGAAGAGACCGCAGACGUCGUGGAAGAGUUCCUCGCCAAAUCCCGGCCGAAGAUCUCGGGCGUCAUGCAGGAUACCAAGGUUCUUCUCCAACAAUCGAGGGAGAAGCUGGUCAUUUCCCGCGUUGCCAGCGACUUGUCAUUGUACGACACCGCCAAGUACAAGGUCUCCAUCGUUCCCAGCCCUUGCACAAACGGUACCUUGCAUUUUCACUUGGGAGAGCCCAUCAAGGUACGAUGGCAAGCGCCGCUGCAUCAUUCACGGCGCGAUUGGAUCGGCAUCUACAGGGUCGGCGCCAACAAGUCAAGCUUGGUGACCAAGACAUCCUCAUUGGGCAUGUGGGUUCCUGUGCACGACGAGGAGUGGGACGGUGAUAUCCCACUGGAUCUCAAUAGAGCCAACCGACCGGAUAGUGACUCCGAAGGCGGUGAAGUGGUAUUCCAACAAGGCAGGCUGCCUUGGCAGACGGGUCGCUACGAGAUCCGAUAUCAUCAUGACGGCAAGUACAAUGUCAUGAGCCUGGAUGGUCCGUUCGAGGUGUACGUUGACAAACCAAACACAAUGGAUGUCGAAGCCGUUCGGAAGUGUCUCAUGCAUAUUGUCCCGCUCUGUCUGGAUUCGGACCCAUCUUUGAUCCCCCUCUCGUGCAAGUCGGAGGAGGAGCGUGCGGCUGUCGACACCCAAGAUGGGGCUCGGGACCCGGAUGAUUUCCGGUUCUGGUCAGAGAGGCAGGCGAAACGCAUCUCAAUAGUCAUCAAGCAGGCCUUCGACGUAGAACUCACGCCAGAAGUCAUCGUAGCCGAUGCCAACCUGACAGCCCUCGCAAACAGGAUUUCAGUUGCAGCUGAGCUUAUCUCAGCUUAGAGAAUGCAAACCCAAAAAGCGCGUCCAUGGUGUCUCAAGUCUAAUCAGGCUCAUACCACUUGUUGCUCGCCGUUGUGACGUGCCAUUUAUAUACCUUUUUGGGUGUGACUCUUUGUGGAUCCAUAGUGUCAGUGAUUAGAACCGCUUUAUUCGGAUCGCAUUUGACUUGAUCUGUAUCAACCUUUCGCGAGGUCUCCAAAAUUGUCUCAGAAGCAUUCAACUCCUUAAAUGCAUUGAGAGGCAUUGAUCGCGAUGCCGG